AUGACGACCGAAACCGCCCCUGCCGAAAAACGACGUCGGCUCGACCGUGUGACCGCAGCCUGUGAUCUCUGCAAGAAGCGGAAAGUCAAAUAUAUUCAAAACAGGGCGCAUAGCGAGGGCAACACACUCCGACCUAGAAGCCGCGACGGGACGAAUCAGAACCAGAACCAGAUCGGAUCUUCGCUCUCCCCUACGACAAGCAGGGACGAUCAUCAUGAAGACACAGUCGUUCCACUCGAAGGGCGUAUCCUCCGUGACGCCCAAGGCAAAUUCAUCUUCAUCGGUGACUGUGCGCCACUAUCUUUUCUGCAGACAGUGAGAUAUCUUAUCUCAUCCGAAGUUGAUCCCGACGGGUUUACAGUUCCGGCGGCACGAGACUGCAUCAUCGAGAUCGCUCGUCCAACAAUAUCAAGCAGACCCCAGUAUACCUCGGUCAAUGUGCAUGAUGUGCGGCAUCUGGUCAACAAGUAUCUUAUCGCCACGAGCGGUCUCGUAGAACUUUUUGAACGUGACGAGCUUGUACGGGAAUUGAAAGCAUGGGCUAGUGGCCAGCUACAGCACUCAGAUGACGCCGCCGCCGCCGUUUUCUUUUUAGUGCUUGCCAUUGGCGCACAGGAACAUGACGAGGGCAAAGCCGACGCUUGGUUUGAACAUGCGAGAACGGCUCUGUCAAAGAACAUGUGCAACAGCAUGAAUGUGGCGACGGUUCAAGGCUUCGCUCUUGUGGCUAUCUACAUGCUGCGUGCCUUUCAACCGAACGGAGCAUAUCUUUACUUCUCUCUUGCGGCGCGUACUGCAUACGCCAUCGGCAUCCAUCGCACCGAAGUCAAUGCUUCCUUUGGCGAUUCGAUCCGGACUAUGCGAGAUCGGAUCUGGAAAAGCUUGCGCGUUGUCGACAUGCUUAUCAGCACCAAUCUUGGUCGUCCCCCAUGCACAUCCGACGUAGACUGUACUGUCAAAUACAGCAUCAUGCAGAUGGACAAUGAAGUGGCCGCUAACAUACUUGACGCCAGUGUUCAGAUAUUCAUGAUCAUCGAACGUGUAGUGGUCGAGGUCUAUUCACGAAAGCGCAUCUCACUGCGAAUAGCGGACUUUGUUUCCCGUCAACUAAAAGGUUGGGCGUCCAACUGGUUGCAACCUUUGACGGAGACAUUAAACCCACCUAAUCGUAAUGACACGGCACUUGUUGCACUGGUAGGCGCCUGCUCAACGCUGUGUACGUACUACUAUGGCAUCAUGCUGCUCACAAGACCGUUUCUCAUUUAUGAAAUUUACGACUAUAUGGGAGCUUCAAUGAAGGGCGCCCGUACGCAGGGCGAGCACGCUAAUAAGCAAAAGUACGCGGACGCCGCGCUUGACGCUGCAACAUCCUUCGUUGAUACCCUUCAAGCUGUUAUUCGCACCGGAGCCUUACCGUACAGAAUGCCGCUCAUCGUAUCUUGGUUAUUCACAGCUUCCCUUGUUUUGGCAGUUGGCACCCUUGGAAAUUCUGGAUCAAUGUUCGUCGAGAACUGCGAAUCGUCUAUUCGAUGCUUGGAGUACUUCAGCAGUAUAGACCCACACGCUGGACAAUAUUCUCGUAUCGUCCAGUCAUUGCUCAAGCUCACAGCUACACAUGUAAAGAAGCGUGAGAUGCAAUUACGGAUGCAAAGGAAGCAAGCUUCUUCUGAACUGUUUGGUCUACUAGCUUCGGGCACCAGUCCGCCAUCCGAAGAUUCAACCAUAGAUCGCUUCCGACAUGUUGCUGAGCCGGCCACAUCAUAUUCUACGGAGGCACCUGCAACUACUACAGCUGCUUUGGACUGGACUAUGUAUGAUGCUGAUUUCUUCGCUUUGCCAUGGCCCACCGAGUACGAUCCAGGCCUCCAAGAUUUUCUUCAACCUGGGACCCACAACUCGGAUGGUGCAUCUGUAGCGGACAUCCCGCUCUUCCCGAUCUAUGAUCGGCAGGCUGACCAAGGGUUCCUUCCAUAA